AUGGCCAUGGACUAUUUGAAUCAGGUCAAGAAUCGCCGCCGCUCCUCCCAGAUCAUGCAAACUCCAAACCCUGUCCUGACCUCCGAGGAUGAAGCUUUCCUGCAACAAGUUACCUCCCAACAGGAAAAUACACCUGACUCAGCGGGACCAAGCGGUGGAAAUACAAAGGAUUUCGCAGCAGGGAGCCCCGUACACCCCGGUCUGAAGGAAUCUGCCCAGGAUGUUCCUCUUCCAGCGUCACCAGCAGAAGAAUUUGGAAAGGAGUUGGGAGAAGAGGCCCGCGAGAACCCCGAUAUCACUGAGACGAAAUCCGAACUUCCAAAGCCACAAGAUUCGAAGGCCUCGGACAAGAAGAAGAAGCGCUGGACUGCGAUGUUUUGGAAGAAGGACCCUGAUUCCAAGAAGAAAAAGAGUUCUAGUCCCGAAGGCAAAGACAAGUCCGAUAUACCUACCGCAUCGACCUCAGCCUCCAACGGAAACGGAACAGAAGCCACGAAGGACGAAGAAGAUAUGAAGGAUAUACUCGAGCACUUGAACCUGUCAGCAGAGAACAAUAAGGUGUUCUCAAUGAGCGAAGAGACACAGGAAUUGCUUCGGAAGUUCAAGUUGAUCUUCAAAGAUCUUAUCAAUGGAGUUCCAACGGCCUACCACGAUUUGGAAAUGCUGUUGACCAACGGGAAUCGACAACUUCAAGAUACCUAUACCAAGCUACCCGGUCCAAUGCAGAAGUUGAUCGAGAAGCUCCCAGAGAAAUGGACGGAGACUUUGGCACCCGAAAUGAUUGCCGUGGCCGGUGAAAGAGCGUCCAAGAGUGGCGUCAACAUGGAAAAUGUGGGCAAGGCUGCGGCGGCGGCGGAGAAGAUGGGUCUUAAUGUUCCAAGUCUGAAGGAACUUGUCUCCAAGCCCGCUGCGAUCGUUGGAAUGCUUCGGUCGAUCAUGACCUUCCUGCGAGCUCGUUUCCCGGCUGUAUUGGGCAUGAAUGUUCUUUGGUCGCUGGCACUAUUCAUUUUGCUGUUCGUUUUGUGGUAUUGCCAUAAGCGCGGACGGGAGGUUCGUCUAGAGAACGAACGUUUGGUCACAGAGGAGGAAAUCAAUCAGCUUAACGAAGACAACCCCGAGGGUAGAAUUCGUGCCACAGAGACUCUGACCACGACAGCUCCUCAGGGUGCCUCAGCAGAGGAAGUUCGCGAAGGAGUGAAGAAGGCCGAGGAAGCCCGGGCCUCAACUGCAGAUGUGGCUUCUGUUUCAUCUCCGCAGAGCGGCAACGGCGAGAUCGAAAAUGUUCGCCCAGGCCCUGUUCCAACUAGGUCGAAGUCUCGAUUGUCUAUUUUCGGUCGAUCUAAGCUGCCCGCUGAGCCAAAUCCUAAUAUUUCACCAUACCCUGGUACAUAA